AUGGACAGUAGCCAAGCCUUACGUCUGGACCGCCUUUCCAAACUAUUCGAGAAUAUUCUUCGCGGUAGAGACAAGGUUGGCAAGCAAAACUAUACGACCUUUCUCGAAGCCAUGUGCACGCAACCGGAUCCGCCGACAUGCAUCAAUAAAAUUUGCAGCUCCUCCUGUGGCUUAUCCAGUCUCCAGAGCGCAAUGCGCGUCGAGCUUUCGCCCACCUUCUGUAACGGCCGCGGAGCGGAAGUCAUCCAGUAUUUGACCUGCCAGGAGCUCACCGUCAUCGGCGGCGGAGAGCUCCUGAAGCAGGUCCUGCUGGCCAUCGUCGAGCCAUCUUUCUUCUGGUCGGCCUAUGUUACAGCAUUCCGUCAAGGCAAGCUGAGCGAGAAUUCCCAGCACGCUUUCGCGUGGCUUCUCCUGCAGCUCGUCUCCCUCCCAGAUGAACAAUCCGUUCCAUACCGCGAGCUUGCCGAGGACGGCAGCCUGGUACAGGCAUUACUAGGUGCCCCCGUGCACGAUGUGCGCGUGCUUGGCGAACGUAUCAAACACGUCCUAGAGCUCUAUGCCUCCGGAACCGUGCUCGAUGAGCAAGGCCCUGGAGGUCGCCACGACAACGAUAAGGUGAACUUCCGGGAGAUAUCUAUCCUACCCACUGCAGAUGAGAUCACCUCGAGAGAGGCCCCUUUCCUUCGCACAAGCUCUGCCCUGGACCAUCCCGACGGCGAGGGCAAUCAGGUCGCGGAUUACCUCGAUAACCAAUUUCGAUUACUGAGGGAAGAUAUGUUGUAUGAGAUGAGGGAGGAGUUGGACAUCGCGAUGGGACGCAAGCGCAAGAAUCAUCGCAACUUUCCCGUAGACGGUCUACGAUUGCAGGACGUAUUUCAUGCUCCUGCCGACCCUAGCAACAUGUCGAAGCGCGACAAAUGGUCCAUAUCCCUUCAGCGGAUGUAUGGUUUCCCCCAAUUCAAGAGCAUUGCCGCGGACGGAGUUAAGAAGCGUAUAUCAUGGUUGAAGGACAACCGCUGGUUUCUCAAGCAUGGCUCGAUGGUAUGCAUUCUCAUUGAUGACGAACUCGUUGGAUUUGCGACCCUCCGUCGCGAUGAGGAUCUGCUGGCCCAGAAGCUCCCGAUCAUUGUUCUUCAGCUUGAAGGCCAGGCCACCACGGUCAAGGCGUUGAUCAGGCUGAAGUCAGCCAAGACGAUAAAACUGCUCCAAAUCGACACUGCGCUUUUCGCAUUUGAACCCAUUUUGAAGGCUUUGCAGCACACGACCACCUUCCCCCUCAAUCGCCAUUUGAUUUUCUGGGAUCAAGGCGAAUCAUCGCCUCUGCAACCGCAGAGCGGACUGGUCAAAUCUAUUCUGCGUUCCCCUGGGCAAGAUCUCGGACCUCUUCUAGGUGUUUCCAAACCCAUAGUCCUCGACAAGUCGCAGAGUUCAAGCCUGGUUAUGGGUCUCACUCAUUCCGUGUCUCUUAUUCAGGGUCCUCCAGGCACGGGCAAGUCCUUCAUAGGAGCCUUACUGGCAAAAGCCCUUCAUGAUAACUCAGAAACCAUCCUUGUCGUCUGCUACACGAAUCACGCCCUCGAUCAGUUUCUGGAGGACCUCUUGGAUAUUGGCAUUCCCGAAGCAAGCUUGGUUAGAUUGGGCAGUAAUUCGACGCCAAGGACCGAUCCUAUCUCGCUGUUCAACCUCACGAAGUCAUCUAAUUUCAGAUUUGGUCGCGGUGAUUGGACGACGAUCGACAAUCACAGGAAGCGUCUUGGCACAUACGAACAGGCGCUCAAAGGCGCUGCUGAUCGAUUCCAGCGGACGGCUGUGAGGAACGCGAACAUCUUGGAAUAUCUGGAAUUCGAGGCGCCUGAUUUCUACCGGGCUUUUUUGGUCCCUAAGGCCGCAGAUGGCAUGCGUCAAGUGACGAGGAAAGGUAAAGAGAUCCAAGACGACUUCCUCUUCUACCAAUGGUCAAAAGGAUACGAUGCUGGUCUCUUCAAGAACCAUGAUCAUGUCAAGGAGGCUACGGAUAUCUGGCAGAUGCCCCUUGAGUCUCGACUCGCAAGGAUCGCGUCGUGGAAGCAUGAGCUGCUCAAGGAGCAGGCCCUCCGUAUUCACACACACGCCACAGACUACAACUCUCACGUAGAUCGUCUUGAUCACAAGUUUGACCAGAGGAAUCGCGAAAUCAUUGCGUCCAAACGCAUCAUCGGCUGUACUACUACUGCCGCGGCCAAAUAUCGAGAAGCAAUCAAGGCAGCCGCCCCGACUGUUCUGCUUGUGGAAGAGGCGGGCGAAAUUUUGGAGAGUCAUAUCAUUACCGCACUCGGUUCCAAGACCCAAAAGCUCGUCUUGAUUGGGGAUCAUAAGCAAUUGCGUCCGAAGGUCAACAACUAUAAGCUCACUGUAGAAAAGGGCGAAGGUUACGACUUGAACCGCUCCUUGUUUGAACGACUCGUUAUCAAAGGCUUACCUCACGAGACGCUCCAGCGACAGCAUCGCAUGCGACCCGAGAUUUCUGCUUUGGUUCGACAUCUAACGUAUGCGGACCUUUCUGACGCUCCUUCCACGUUGAAACACCCCGACCUGCUCGGCGUUCAGGAUAACGUUGUGUUCAUACAUCACGAGAAACCAGAGGAUGACCUCAGAGAGGCAUCCGUGCUGGGAGGGGAAGACGAGGUGAUGGGUAGCAAGUCGAGCAAGAGGAACGCUCAUGAAGUCUCCAUGGUCCUCAAGAUCCUUCGUUACCUCGGCCAGCAAGGAUACGGAACGGACAAAGUAGUGAUACUGACACCAUAUCUCGGGCAAUUGCGAGCGCUCCAGCAGGCCCUGAAAGAAGACAACGACCCGGUCCUGAAUGAUCUGGAUUCCGCCGAUUUGGUCCGCGCGGGGCUCGUGACUGAGGCAGCGGCCAAACUCACCAGAAAGCCCAUUCGCCUCGCGACUAUCGAUAAUUACCAGGGAGAAGAAAGUGACAUCGUGAUCGUUUCGCUCACUAGGAGCAACCCCGAGCAUAACAUCGGCUUUAUGUCGUCGGGGGAGCGCGUCAAUGUCAUGCUAUCUCGUGCCAGGAAUGCUCUCAUAGUUAUCGGCAACGCGGACACCUUCCAGCACGCUCGGAAGGGUAGUGAAGUCUGGCAGAAGCUGAUUCUGAAGCUUCGAGCCGAUGGACACAUAUACAACGGCCUGCCUGUCAAAUGCGAACGUCACCCGACGCGGCGCAUCGUUCUUGCCAGCCCGGACGAUUUCGAUACUCACGCUCCUGAGGGCGGCUGUACAAGGCCUUGUGGUGCGAAGCUACGCUGUGGUCACAUUUGUGUCUCCAGAUGUCAUCAAAUAUAUGAUCAUUCCAAGAUGGCAUGCUCGCAGAUUCUGUACUCCAAAUGCUCGAAGGGGCAUGACCAACAAUGGCAAUGUCCGACCGGCACUCCGGACUCUUGCGUCAAAUGCGACAAAGACCACAAAGAUGCAGAGAUUAGGAAGAAUGAGGAGUUUGCCCGCAAGGAGAAGCGAGAGCGGGAGGAACGGGCACACGCUCGCAAGUUGCUUGAAUUGGAGAGUCGCAUGAAGGAGCAACAGGAAAAGUUGAGAGAUGCUCAACUUGCGCAGGAGCGAAACCACGCGAUAGAACGAAAGCGUCGCGAUCUAGAGGAUAUCACCAAACUCGCUCAGCAGAACACUCAUGGUCAUGGUAUCGACACGAAACUGUCUGUAGCAUCCGAGUCGCCAGUUUGUCCACCACGCAUUGAUGACCAGUCGACCGCGGCAUCUUCAUCUCAAACGAGCGUCGUAUUGGCUCCCACUCAACCCUCGACGGCGGUUCAGACUCCCGUAUCGAAUGCGUCCUCCGGAACAGCGACGGGAAAAAGGACCUCGUCCGCGGAAGAGGAAUGGCAGAGGCAAAAAACAAUAGACGGAGAGAGCAACGAAGCCAUUGAUGCCAUCAUGGAAAUGACCGGCCUGGCAGCGGUGAAGUCGCAGAUUCUUAGCAUCAAGGCAAAGGUAGAUAUCGCUAGACGCCAGGGCGUGCCGCUGAAGGACCGUUGUAACUUCGCUCUAGUCGGUAAUCCUGGAACGGGCAAGACCACCGUUGCACGCCAUUUCGCUCGAUUUCUAGCAUCUGCUCAAGUAAUCACGGGCAACCAAUUCGUCGAAGUAACAGGCUCAGGCCUCGCCAACGAAGGAGUCCCAGGAAUAAAGAAGCGCAUUGAAGGUAUCCUGGAAGCGGGUGGAGGAACUCUGUUCUGCGACGAAGCGUAUCAGUUGACCGCUCGACCGAAUGCUGCGGGCUCGCAGGUGAUGGAUUAUCUCCUUGCUGAAAUGGAGAAUCACCUUGGCAAGAUCUCGUUCAUCUUCGCCGGAUACAACAAAGAAAUGGAAACUUUUUUCGACCAUAACCCAGGUCUCACUAGUCGUGUACCUUACAAGCUGCGGUUUGAGGACUACAGCAACGAGGAGCUCAUGGACAUGAUGGUAAAGAAGAUCGACAAGGAUUUCUCCGGGCGUAUGAAGGUGGAAGGGGACCACGGCAUCCGGGGACUUUACGGGCGCAUUGCAAUCCGUCGUUUGGGCAGGGGGAGAGGGCACGAUGGCUUCGGUAACGCUCGCGCCCUUGAAAACUUACUCUCAGCGAUACGCGAGCGCCAAGCACGUAGGGUGCAAGAAGGACGUCGCGCUGGACGUCGCGCCGACGAUUUACUGCUGGUCAAAGAAGAUCUUAUAGGACCAGAUCCGUCCACGGUCAUGUCUGAGAGCGCUGAGUUGAAGAAGCUCGACUCCAUGAUCGGCCUGAGUGCGGUCAAGAAAUCGGUGCAGAACCUCUUCAGCAUGGUGAAGACGAAUUACGAACGCGAAUUGGACGAGAAAGCGCCGAUACAACUUAGCCUCAAUCGAUGUUUCGUAGGUCCUCCAGGAACUGGUAAAACGACGGUGAGCAAGUUAUAUGGCGCUAUUCUCGCAAAUCUCGGUAUGAUAAGCAACGGCGAAGUUGUCGUGAAAAAUCCCGCGGAUUUCAUUGGCAGUGCUCUAGGGCAGUCCGAAAGCCAGACCAAAGCGAUUCUUGCAAACACUGUGGGGAAGGUUCUCGUCAUCGACGAAGCAUAUAUGCUUUACGGCGGUUCGAACGGGGGUGUCAGCGACCCCUACAAAACAGCUGUUAUCGACACCAUAGUCGCUGAGGUACAAAGUGUCCCCGGGGAAGAUCGUUGUGUAUUGCUGCUGGGUUACAAGGAUCAGAUGGAGGAGAUGUUCCAGAAUGUUAAUCCAGGCCUGUCAAGACGUUUUGCAAUCGAAGAUGCCUUCGUGUUUGAAGAUUAUACCGAUGCCGAGCUCCGGAAAGCGCUGGAUUGGAAACUGAAGGAUCAAGACCUUCUGGCAACGGACGCUGCAAAGGACGUCGCUACUGACGUCCUAAGUCGCGCUCGUAAUCGCCCCAAUUUUGGAAACAUUGGCGAGGUCGAGAACCUUCUUACGGCUGCUAAAGUUCGUUAUCAAGAACGCCAGGCGGCGAUGGCUGUCGGACAUCGGCGUGGCAUCAACGUUCCCUUAGAGCCCCAGGAUUUCGACCCCGAUUACCAGCGUGCCGAGCAUGCUGCCACACAUCUUGCCAAGCUAUUUGAAGACGUGGUGGGCUGCGAUGCUAUCGUUGCACAGCUCAGCAAAUACCAGCAGAUUGCUCGGAAUGCGAAAUCGAGGGGCCGGGAACCACGGGACCUCGUGCCAACGAACUUCGUCUUCAAAGGGCCUCCAGGUACAGGAAAGACAACAACAGCGAGAAAGAUAUCACAAGUCUACUUUGAUAUGGGGUUUCUAUCGUCAACGGAGGUCAUCGAAUCCUCGGCCAGCGAUUUGGUCGGUCAAUAUGUCGGGCAGACAGGCCCAAAGACGAAGAAACUACUCGAGAAGGCGCUGGGUCGCGUGUUGUUCAUCGACGAAGCUUAUCGUCUAAGCGAGGGCCAUUUCGCCAAGGAGGCCGUGGAUGAACUCGUCGGCCUUCUGACGCAGGACGCGUACCGUGGAAGACUGAUCGUUGUGCUGGCGGGUUACGACAACGAGAUGAACGAGUUGCUCGCCGUCAAUCCCGGCCUCUCAAGUCGCUUCCCGCACGAAAUCCAGUUCUACAAUUUGAACCCUGCUCAAUGCCUUGAGAUCCUUCGCAAGGAACUGGCAAAAAACCUAAUUAGCGUCGAUGCUUUGGACGACGUUACUAUACCCGAGUACGGCACGAUGGAGGUCCUCCUAGCGGAUUUAUCAGCAUUGCCGUCUUGGGGCAAUGCUCGAGACGUCAAGACGCUGUCGAGAGAUCUUGUCGGACUGGCAUUCGAAACUUGCGAAGAUGCCUCUGCGCACGACGGUCGUAUCUUGCUAUCAUCUCUACACGUCAUUGACCGCAUCAAGGCGAUGCUCGAUACCCAGCGAAGGCGGCAUAUUCCUGCACAUUCUGCAAGGACGGACACAGGGUUGCUGGAACAGAUUCUGGCGCCAGACCGACCCACCGCUAGGCGAACCUCGACUCGAACAGUUCAGUCGACUUGCAAUGCUCCCCCGCCACCGUCUCAAGAACUUCAAGGGAAACCCGAUGGUCCUCGCGAUCCCGGCGUCAGCGAUGCGGUCUGGGCGCAGCUGCAGGCGGACAAAGCAGCGGAGGAGGAGACUCGCGCCCGCGCUCUGAGAGAGUUGGACAUGCUGGAACAAGAAUGUGAAAGACGUCAACAACGCGAGGAAGAGUCCAGACGGGAGCUGGAAGAGCUUGAGCAAAGCCCAUCUGCAGACGAUCUCGAGGAUUCUGAGCGGAAACGUCGACAUGAAGCAGCCAGACUUCGAGAGCUCGAAGCGAAGACGGCGCGAGCAAGAAUCGCGAAGGAGCUCGAAGAGAAACGGAAAGAAGAAGAGCGCCAACGAAAGGAGGAGGCGAAGGUCCAGGCGAAGUUGAGAGAAAUGGGCGUCUGCGUCGCUGGGUUCCGCUGGAUCAAGCAGCAGGCGGGAUAUAGGUGUGCUGGAGGGGCUCACUUCAUCGAUAACGCAUCGUUGGGCCUUUCAGGUUGA